GCAUCGUUAUAAAUACUCCAUUCUAUUCUUCAUUUACUCUCCCCAACGCAACAGAGAGAGAGAGAGAGAGAAAUCAGAAAAACAAACCCACCAGGGACCACGUCCUCCCACACCACCUCACCCAUCAUUACACUAUCGCCAUGGUCGAACCAAAGUCCCGAACCGUGGGCGACACCGAGCGAAGCUGGUGCCGAGCCGUCCGCGGCGGCACCGGCAUCGCGGUCCUCGCCUUCCGAACCUCAAUCCCCCCCGACAUCUCCAUGCUCCAAACCUCCCUCCGAACACUCCAAACCUCCCACCCGAUCCUCAGGUCCCGACUCCAAACCAACGCAACAACAUUCUCCUUCCUCACCUCCCCAACCCCUUCCAUCAACAUCUUAACUCUAACGCUCCCUACUAACGUCACCGACCCCCUCACCCACAUCCUCGAGCUCGAGCUCAACCGCAACACGUGGCACGACUCCACCACCGAAGAAAACGUCUUCUUCGCCACCCUCUACGCGGGCCCCAGCACCAACACCUGGGUGGUCGCACUGAGGCUCCAUGUCUCCGCGUGUGACCGCACCACCGCGCUGCUUCUUCUCAGGGAGUUAUUUACCCUCGUGGAAGAGAAUAAUAAUAAGAGUCUCAUUAAUCAGUAUCCUCAGGAAGCAACGAGUUUAGCUAUUGAAGAUCUAUUGCCCCGUGGUAAGGGCAAGAAGCCCAUGUGGACGCGCGGGCUUGAAUUGCUUAAGUACUCGCUCAACUCCUUCAGGCUCACCAACUUGAAGUUCGUCGACGCCAAGAAUCCCAGGUUUUCUCAAGUGGUUAGGUUGGAACUCAACCAAAACGACACCAAAGAAGUUCUAGCAGGGUGCAAGUUGAGUGGGAUUAAACUGUGUGGAGCACUGGUUGCAGCUGGAUUAAUGGCUGUCCAUUGCUCGAAACGAAGCUCCAGGAAGUAUGGGGUUGUAACCCUAACUGAUUGCCGAUCCAGUCUUGAACCAUCUCUCACUGACAAAUUUGGAUUUUACCACUCUGCCAUUCUAAAUUCCCACGAGAUGAAGGGAGGGGAAACCCUAUGGGACUUGGCAAAGAGAACAUAUGAAGCAUUUGCAAACUCAAAGAAAUGCAACAAGCACUUCUCGGACAUGGCUGACCUAAAUUUCUUGAUGUGCAAGGCCAUAGAGAACCCGGGCUUGACGCCAUCGUCAUCGUUGAGAACGUCGAUCAUGUCGGUGUUCGAGGACACGGUGUUCGACAAUGGUGGCAAGAAGCAAAGGGAGAUUGGGGUGGAGGACUACAUGGGUUGCGCCUCCGUGCAUGGGGUGGGGCCCUCUAUCGCCAUUUUUGACACCAUUAGAGACGAAAGCUUGGAUUGUCUGUGUGUCUAUCCGACGCCUUUGCACUCACGGGAGCAAAUGAUAGAGUUUGUUGAAAAAAUGAAGGUUAUUCUCAUCGAGGCUACAAAGACAUGCAAGAAAUGAUCAAGUGAGAAACAUAUUAAUGAAACUUGGGUAAAUUUCUCUAUAAACAUUUAAGAAAGAA